CUAUUGCCGUUUUCUUUGUUUUUAAAACAAGCCCAGUUUAGUUUCGGUUAGGGUGAAAGACUGCACGGUAGUGUUGGAUGCUAGUUGCGGUUAGUUAGCUCUGUUUAAAAACAUUGUUAUUAAUAAAAUGUUCUUGCAAAUUUCCAGGGUGUUCUAAUAAAUAUUUUUCUCUAAUAAACAACGAAUCUCAUACUUUUUAUGUUUGAAGAGACCAUUAUUCUCCCAAAGAUAUCUAUAUUCAUUCUAGUCGAUUUGGAUUGUUUAAUGUUAUAAUUCUUGGCUAGUUGUAAAUAUUCCAAGUGACGGUGGUGCUUUCGAUAAAAAAAUGUACGGUUAAAAACCCUCCCUCGUUUUUAUUUUUUUGUUUCGUCCAUCCGAGUUGGGAGAAAUUACAAAACCGGCAAAAUUUAAGUUUAAUAGGAAUCUUGAAACAUAUAAUAGCACGCCACUGGAGAUUAUUAACAAAUCAAAGCCAAUUGAUAGCACGUUCAAACACGAGACAUAUUUAAUUAACCAAAUUGCGACCCAGCUGUUAAAUUAGGUACUAAGCUGUGCUGUAGGUAAAUAUUAUUACAUAAACGUUAUUACUGCAGCCCUUUUCGUUAGUUACAAUCAAUACGUUCUAAACCAUGAAACUAAGCCUUCUUAUCCUCACUUAUUGGCUAAUCGCUCGCGCCGCCAAAUGUCAAGGCGUAUCAUGGUAUAAUGUAGCGGUGGUAGAAUUUGAGCUUGAGACCAAUCUUUCGGUUUCUGCAGACGAGAGACUUGCGGCAACCAUUUCAAGAUUCAUAAAGACAUUGAACGGAUUAACAGAGCCGUUGGACCUCGUAAUAUUUCCGGAAUCGGCGUUGGCAAGUGACGACCCCGAUGCUGCUACAGAAUUGCCGUCGCUCUACGACUUCCUGCUUUGCAAUUCCAACGACGUGGGCUACGCUGAAUUUCUCAAAAAUUUGUCGUGUCUGGCGAUCGAUCGUCAAACCGUCAUUGUGGUUAAUAUAUUGGAAAAAAGCGGGGAUUCGUUUUACAACACCGACAUUGCUCUCGCAGCGAACGGUACCGUGAUUGCCAGGUACAGGAAAUGGAACCUGUUCGGCGAGAUCGCGAAAAGCAAACCGAGCACCCUCGAUUUGCCUGUUUUGGAACUGAAAAAUACGACAUUCGGCUUCAUGACGUGUUUUGACAUAUUGUUCGGAGUGCCCGGUUUCAAUUUGACCAGGGAACGUAGCGUGAAGAACAUCAUUUUUCCGCUCAACUGGAUUUCGGAAUUGCCGUAUUUGACAGCCCUGCAAACGCAGCAAAUGUGGGCCAGUGAGCAUGACGUCACUCUGCUAGCGGCCGGUUCGAAUUCCCCUGGUCGGGGCGCUGGAGGAACCGGCAUAUAUUUAGGUAAAAAAGGCGCGUUAGAAACAAUAAUAGCCGCCGGAGGCGGGACCAGGACGAUAUAUCGAAACGUGCCGAUAAUAUCGGGAACUGGGACGAACGUGAUACUCGUCAAUCACACCGAAACCGACGAAAUAGACUCGCUCGCUGUAGAAAUGGACGAUUUCUUCACGCUGGUUGACGCGGCCAUCGCAGAACACGCCUCGGUCGUACUCGAUACGACGAAUUUGAGUGGGUGCAUAACGGUGUGUCACGGCCGAAACGAUGACGUCACGUGUUGCGACUUCGACGUAUCCGCCUUGCAGGACCAAAUUGUCGCCUCUCGAAACGGCGACAGAUAUACAUAUCACCUGGUCGCCUACAACGGCGUCAGAAGUUUCUCAGGGGUGUUUUUCGGCGGGGUGGAGAUUUGCGCGGUGGUGGCGUGCUUAAACGAGUCCGUUGCUUCUUGCGGAAGAAGAUUUCCAGAUUAUUCCAAUAUCGUUUGGCCUAUCACGUUCGAGAAAAUCAACGUCUCGGGUAACUUCAGCCAAUCGGAGCGGCGAGUUCAGUACCCCACCUCCCUGUUGAGUUCCAUACGGCCGAUAGAGACGCGCCACACAUCUUGGCACAGAGAAGAAGUGAACGGCACCACGGUGCUCAGAACCCACACAUUGGAAAAGGCUCAGAACCGUCUGCUCACUUUCGGUAUAUACGGGAGGGAUUUCACAAGGGAUCGGGACCCGAUGAGGAACGAAUCGGCAAACGGGAGUAUUUCCGGGCAAGGGGGUCCAAACCCAGACCUGAGCGCACUGCUCGUGUUAUUUAUCAUCGCGUUUAUUUACGUGUAACGGCCGAUUUACGUUUCUCAAUAAUGACGUAUCUGAAAAUAAAGUCAUGCUGUUAUUUUUUUUCUUUUUUUAAUAGUUUAUUUUUCGGUAGCUACUAUAUACAGAGUGUUGAAGUAAAUCCCAUCCCAUCUUGUCUUUUUAAAGAAAAUAAAGGUCACUAUUUAGUUGCCACUUUUAGUGCUCUAUAAGAUAGCGUUGACCAGGGGUGAAGCAUCUAUGUAACCACUGUUGCCAUUGGUAAUGAGAAUAAAUUAAUAUUUUAUGACUUUACCAAUACCAAUACGUAAUGGUAACUAACUCUAUAGUAAUACACUCUACUACUCUAGGGAGUAAAUUCUGUACUGUAUUGACGCUACCCCGCCUCGACUCGAUAUAUAGGGUGUCCUAUGAGUAAUAAAACAUGGAAAAAUAAGAUAUUUUUAAGGUAAACAUAUGGAUAGAUGACUACUUUACCAUAUCAUUGUUUGUAGCAAGUCAUACAAAGGAAAAAAAAUAAAUAAAAUUGAUGCCAACAAAAUUGUAUAUAACGUCAUAAUAUACUAAAUCUAGAUAUACAAUGUACAUAACUUCACAAUAAAAACAAUAGGACAACAAAUAAUAAAUAAAUUUAUAUGUAUAUAGCACAGAACAAUCAUUAAAUUCAACGCUCCGCAACACGUCAUUACCAAUGUUUUAUUCAAAUAAUUCACCAACGCUAUAAUAGUCCUUACUUAGAAGAAAACUUUUAAUUUUAUAUUUAAAAUAUUUUUCGUUUAAAAGUUUAAAAGAUUGUAGCAAUGCGUUAUAAAGU